AUGUAAAACAAUGUAAAAAAGUAAAACAGUAGGGCUAGAAAAGGUCACAAAUAAAGAAAUUUAGGAAUCAAAACUAAUUGUGAUAGUGUUAAAUUCAAAUCCAAUUAGGCGGCAUGUGAAUAUGUAUAAGCUACAACAAAGAAAGUUAAGAAUGAAAAUGCUAUUUAUCCCAUAAUUACAGAAGAAACUCCAAACUCAGAGAAAAGAAUUCAAUCAUAAUAAAAUUCCUCUAAGUUAGAGAAUUUGAUAGGUGAUGCUUUUGGGAAGGAUUUAUCUUCAUUUACUUUUAAUAAUUCAUUAGAAAAUAAUUAAGAGGAAGAGUAAGAAACUUUGAAUGAGUUUAUGAGAGAUUAAGUAAAAUUUGAGGAAAUUUAUAGUUAUUAAAAAAAUUACUUAAACAACUAGAAUGAAAUUUAAAGUCAUAUGGUGGCUAUAUUAUUUGAUUGGUUGGUUGAGGUGGCUCAUUCAUUUCAUUUUAAAAGAGAAACCUUUUAUUUAUCUAGAAAUUACAUCGAAAGAUAUCUUCUGAGGUAGCCAAAUGUUUUAAUAGCUAAAUUCUAACUUCUUGGGGUAGCAGCCAUUUUCAUAGCUCAUAAAUGCGAAGAAAUCUACCCAAAGACAUUGAAGGAUUUUCAUAGACUCAUUUAAGAUUAAUACACAAUACAGGAGAUUGAGGAGAUGGAAGUUGCAAUAUUAAAAUGUCUAGAUUUCAGAAUGAAUCCAAAUACUCCCAUUUUUUGGUUGAACUAUUAUACUAAAUUAUGGGAUGAGUACAUAGUGGACAAAGAAUUGAAUGUUUCAUUAAAGGAAAGAUCUAACGAAUCGUAUUAUAGAUACAGAGAACUUGUUUAAUUGUUUGACGUUUGUCUAAUUGAUUAUAGAUUCAAGAAAGAUGAGAAGAUUACUGCAUUGAGUCUGAUUUAUUUAGUAAUUGCAAAAUCAAUGUAGAUAUUUGAGGAUUAUGGAAAGAUGGCUAGUUAAUAAGCGGAAAUCAAAUGCUUCUUUGAUUCAAAUCAUGAAUAUAAUUAAAUAUUCAGAUAAUUCAUAGAUUAAUCAGAUUUGUAUUUGCAUUUUGAUCGAAAGAUAGAAUUUAAAGACUUGAGAGAUGUGGUUUGUGAGACUACCAAAUAUUUCAUACUUCGAUUUGAUAACGCAUUGCCAAGAGUAUUAUUGAAUAACCAGGACUUUAUAGAUGAAUUGCAACACGAGGAAUUACUUUCAUUCCAGACCUAUAAUAGAAACACUAUCGAAACUAUAAAUUACCUGCUUAAAUAAAAAUAAUGA